UCCACCAGUGGUCUGUUUCAAGUUCCCCCAAUAGAAACUGUGCCUGAUUUGUGGCCAAUGUUGAAGAUGUAAAAAAAAAAAAAAAAAAAUAGGAGGAAAAAACAGUAAAGGGGUAGCUAUGGAGAUGGAACGUUAUCCUGGCCGCUUUCUUUGACAGGUGUUGAGUGGGGUAAAAAGUCUUAAAACAGAAUCCAGAAUGUACGCCAAAGGGAAAGGAGCUGUCGUCCCUUCCGAUAGCCAAGCGAGAGAAAAGUUAGCGUUGUACGUGUACGAGUACCUGCUGCACGUCGGGGCUCAGAAGUCCGCGCAGACCUUCCUGUCCGAGAUCCGAUGGGAGAAGAACAUCACGUUGGGGGAGCCCCCGGGGUUCCUGCACUCAUGGUGGUGUGUAUUCUGGGAUCUUUACUGCGCCGCCCCGGACCGCCGUGAGACCUGCGAACACUCCAGCGAGGCCAAGGCCUUCCACGACUAUAGCGCUGCAGCCGCCCCCAGCCCGGUGAUGGGGAACAUGCCCCCCAACGAUGGCAUGCCGGGGGGGCCCAUGCCUCCCGGGUUCUUUCAGGGCCCCCCCGGCUCCCAGCCCUCGCCGCACCCCCAGCCCCCCCCACACAACCCCAGCAACCCCAUGAUGGGCCCUCACGGCCAGCCUUUCAUGUCUCCACGGUACCCAGGUGGACCCCGCCCCUCGCUCCGCAUGCCAAAUCAGCCUCCUGUGGGAGUUCCAGGGUCUCAGCCUCUCCUGCCAAACAGCCUGGACCCCACCAGGCCGCAGGGUCACCCGAAUAUGGGCGGGCCAAUGAGAAUGAACCCCCCCAGAGGGAUGGGAGGCAUGGGCCCACAGAACUACGGCGGGAUGAGGCCUCCCCCGAACUCCAUGGGCGGCCCGGGAAUGCCCGGGAUGAACAUGGGUCCAGGAGGGCGUGGUCCGUGGCCCAACCCCAACGCUAACUCGAUAGCAUACUCUUCCUCAUCUCCGGGCAACUAUGUGGGUCCGCCGGGGGGAGGGGGUCCACCAGGCACUCCCAUCAUGCCCAGCCCGGGAGACUCCACGAAUUCCAGCGAAAACAUCUACACAAUGAUGAACCCCAUCGGCCCAGGAGGAAACAGACCCAACUUCCCGAUGGGCCCGGGUCCCGACGGGCCGAUGGGGGGGAUGGGCGCCAUGGAGCCGCACCACAUGAACGGGUCGCUAGGGUCAGGUGACAUGGACGGGUUGCCAAAGAACUCUCCGAACAACAUGGCGGGCAUGAACAACCCCCCGGGAACGCCGCGGGACGACGGGGAGAUGGCCGGAAACUUCCUCAACCCAUUCCAAAGUGAAAGUUAUUCACCCAACAUGACGAUGAGUGUGUGAUUCAUUUUGUUUUUUUAUUUUACUUUUUAUCUUUUUUUUGUGGUUUCCCCCCUCCCAACGGCACCCAAACCCCCUCAAAUCUCCACUGGUCCCUCCCCACCCGUCUACACUACACCCCCCCCUCCCUCGCGGAUGGCGUGCUGUGGCCCCCACAGCCCCCCGGGAUGAUUCUGGAACGCGGGUCUCACGUCCUCACGCCCGUCCACCCCGGCGCCUGCAAGAUGGCCGUGGGCAGGAAGCAGUCACAGAGCCACAGGAAGAGCCUCCUGGCCGACUCCGCCCCACUCCCGGGUUUCCUGACCGGCUCGGGACAGUGAGCGCACGGACGCCAUGGGGGGGCUACCGGCUCCCCCUCCCCUCUCCUCCUUUUUGUUGUUUUUUUUUAACAAAAUUUUUUUUAAAUACAAAAAAAAAAGAAAGAGAAAAAAAAAAAACCUCUCCAUACAGUAGAAUGACAAUGAGACGGGGGUGGAAACUCUUGCCUCACUAACGUGUACAUUUCUAGAGACAAAUGGGGGAAAAAAAGAAAAACAGAGACUUGUUAUCGAGGCAAGGAAGGUUUUCACUAUUCUGUGUAUGUAUUGUACUAUUAAUAUUAUUAUUGUUAUUAUUUUUAUUAUUAAUAUUGUCCUGAUUAUUCAUUUCAUUUUUUCCUUGGUUUUUUUUUUUUUCCUCCUGCGAAGGGCACAUUUAUCUCCGGUAGCAGCGACAGUUAUGACAGGAGGGGAAGAAGCACACUCUCUCAAAAAUGCACAGUGGCACCCGUGUUUACAUGGUCUUAGGUGUUUGUUGUUGGUGUUUUUUCGGUUUUAAUUUUUUGUGCUGAAUUUUGGUUUAAUUCUCCUGGGUUUAAUGUACCCUGUUAUAGACGUCGCUAAACGGCAAUCGAGCCACGCUCCUCAGUAGCUCCUCCUCCUGUUCUGCUUUUUCCUAAGAUUACAGUCCUGUGUUUUUGGUCAUAUGUGCCUACUUCUUAAGAACUGUUGUGGGGGCGUGGUGGUUAUCCAAUCCACCGAUGCUGAUUGGCGGAGUGUCCCGCACUCACCCAUCUCUUCUUUUCUUUCUGAUUGGUGGAUUCAGGUUGAUGCUGGCUCUCUCAGCACAUGCCAGUCAAAACUGUCCACCCACCCUACCCC